UCGACAGCAGGCGAAAUCUAAUAAGCACCUUUGCCACGCAAUACUUUGCAUAUCUUGGGCUGCUCCCGCCGCCGCUCAGCGAGGGUUCCCCUCAGAGUCGCGAUUGGACGGUGGGAGGACCAAUGGGCAGGAGUGAAACAGGUUAUUUGAACUCUCUAAAGUGCUGCUCGACAAAACCGGAGAACAUCCACUGACUUUUCAAACAAGUUCCCGCUCCCCAACCGUGCCUGACGUGCUGGCUUCACCUUCAGAGAAAAGACCACGGACUAUUCCUUUUUUUUCCGUCUUUUUUUGGUUUGACUUCAACUUUUGUCCGGGAUGGGAGCCGACCGCAUCUAUUUAUUUCCGUAAAACAAAAACUGCCGAUGCACCUGUUGACUCGGGACCAAUCUGCUCGCUUGAGAAUGAACGCAGGUGCCGGGAUGGCAUCUCAUCCUCGUCUUCAUUUGGAGGAGGAACAGAGGAGUAGACUGAGCUGCGUAGUUCACGCCAGCUUAGCAAGCGCUCAGAAUGCAGAACUACUGCAAUACAAGGAGACCACCACUCACGACAGCGCCAUCAAGUACAGGAGAUACGGAUCUCGCUUGGGUGGAGUCAAAGUUCGCCACAAGAGACAAGUGCUGCAGGACAUGGCCCGGCCGCUUAAACAUUGGCUGUACAAACAUCGGGACAACCCGUACCCCACCAAGACAGAGAAGGUUCUGUUAGCUUUGGGCUCCCAUAUGACUCUGGUACAGGUGUCAAACUGGUUUGCAAACGCCCGACGGAGGCUGAAGAACACGGUUCGGCAGCCAGACCUGAGCUGGGCCUUGAGGAUCAAACUGUACAACAAAUACAUCCAGGGAAAUGCAGAGAGACUGAGCGUAUGCAGCGAUGACACCGACUCGGAUGACAUGGGGAGGUCCUCGUCCCACAUGUGUGCCAUAAAGAACCAGGGCGGCGUACUCACGAUGGCGGACCACGCCAACAGCGAUGACAGCGCCUCGCCUCCGUCAAAGUAUAAGAGCAGCUUGCUGAAUCGUUACCUGAAUGACACCCUACGGCACAUGAUGGCGGGCAAGGCGGACGGCGUCGCCCUCAAAAGGAGGAGCCACUCCGAGUCCUUCAGUUCAAACGAGUGCGACCGAGACGCCGUGUCCCCGGCGUCCUCCUCCGACACCGAGACCAACUUCAUCUACCAAAUGGAAGCUUUGGAUUAUACAUCAUCUAAAUCCAACAGAGGUCAGCCUCCGGAAAGAGGUCAACAGAGUCAAAGCAACCAAGGCUGGCGAGAGCUCAACGCCGCCGUGGCCCUCACCAGCCUGGCCCACGGGCAGAGCUGUCGGAACGACGCGACGGCGCUCGGCUGCCACAGGGAGCCGCUGUGCAUCGCGAGGACCAACGUCCCUCGCAGGACGCCCAUCGCGGUGCCCGUCUCGGCCCUGAGGCAGAGCUGCGCUUCCGAGCGCUGCGCUCUCACCAGCCGCAUCAUCCAGAAGUCGUCCCACAUUUCCGAAGUGCAGACUAUCAAAGUGGGCGUGGCUAACAGCGCGUAGGAAUUCCACAUCAAUGUGCGCGAGAACACGGCAUGCCUCAACGCUGAGAUUUCUCCUUUGCAAUGACCAAACUGUGUGUGUGUGUGUGUGUGUGUGUGUGUGUAUAUACUGUAUUCUUCUACGAUGCAUUUGUGCCCUUUUUUUUUUUAAUUACAAUGUUGCUCAUGUAUUUCUAUUGUGUAAGUUAACUUCUUGGAGACUGGAUCAUCAUCCAAUGCGCUUAACUUGACAGCAGCUUUUCAAUAAAGUUAACGUGAAGUCUCUUCA